UCUCAAAUGGCUGACAAUGAUUUAUUUUUCUUCCUCCCACUUCAGACCAGGGUUUCUUGCAUUGGCCUUACUUGUCAGCAUUUUGCUUCCAGUGCAGUAAAUUAUUGAUAGCAGCAAUAUUGAAAUGUGAAGCUUAGGUUCAUAGGUAGUUUGUUUGUGCCAUAGAAAUCAGCUCCAUAUCAAAUGGAAAAUUGUUAGGACAAGAUGUGUGCAGGCACAAAAUCCACAUGUCCACUUCUGACAGGGUGAUUAAAAGGCUUAUUGUCCUACAAACACCCUACCCCCAGCCAGUAAAUAAAAUAGUAAUACAGUAAUCAAAUAAUUCAAUGGAUAAUUUUAAAGCUUUUUGUUGUGUUAGUGUCUCAUUUUGGAAUGGAGGGGCACAACAGCAGGCACUAGAGCUUCAAGCUCGUUGCAUCUCCACAGUGCUAAAACAGCUCCCUUUUUCAGACUUUUUUUCCCUAGUUAUAUUCAUUAGUCAUCACAACUAAAUGUUGCCCCUACAGGGAUGUUGGCUGCCUGUGUUUUCAGUCCAUACCAAGCCCAAAGCUGUUCUUGUUGCAUCUGUGUCUGCCUUUGAAAUAACUCAGUAUAGGGAUGCAAAAUGCCUAGCCUAAGCCCCCUGCAUCCUCCCAGGCUAAAUGGGGCUUUGUGAACAGCAGCAAGAGCAGCCAAUGAGCUCACAGCAGGGUGGGGAAGCUGCGUGGGAAGACGACCUGAUAGCCUAGUCCAUUUCUCAGCGGCUGCCAGUGACAAAAGGUAAAAUUGCUCCCCGUCUGCAAGGACAGAAAUAAAAGUGCAAGCAGAGAGGGUGAGGGGGAAGGUAGUGCUGAAGGCAGGUGGUGCUGCUACUGCAGGAGAAACAAGUGGCUAAAAGAGGAGGUCCCAGAAUGGAAGAGACAGCUGGGAUUCAGUGUGGAGACUCCAAGAAUGGAAAGGAGGUAGAGAAAGGAUGGAGCUUCUGGAGUUACCACCAUGGGGCCCUCUCCAGCUUCCUGUCCAUCCUGGCAACAUUCCCCAUCCACAAGACUAUCUUCCGCCAGCAGAUCCAUGCUUUCUCCAUCCACAAAGCAGUAUGCCAGCUGCACCAUGAGGGCCUCUGCUGCCUCUACCGGGGCAUUUUACCACCACUCAUGUCCAAGACACUGCAGGGAACCCUGAUGUUUGGCACCUACGACAGCUUCCUCAGUCUCCUCUCCAGCAACACAUCCGAGUCCUACAUGCUUCCACAGCGGUGGGCAGCAGGCUUCUUCUCUGGCUCAAUGGAGGCCUUGGUCCUGAAUCCCUUUGAACGGGUCCAAAACAUCCUGCAGGAUGGACGGAAAAACAGCAGGUUCCCAAAUACCCGCAGCAUUCUGCAGGAAUUCAACUCCUAUGGCCUGAAGGAAAGGCUUGUUAUAGGCUACUACCGGGGCCUUGGCCCCGUUCUGCUGCGGAACAGCCUGGGUAGCGCCCUGUACUUCUCCUUCAAGGACCCCCUCCGUGACAGCCUGUCCAACAAAGGCCUGCCAAGCUGGCUGCCUGCCCUGGUGUCUGGCAGCAUCAACGGGACCUUGACCAGCCUCAUGUUGUACCCUCUGACUGUUCUCAUUGCCAACAUGCAGUCGCAGGUUGGGGGGCACGAGGUCCUCAGCCUGUGGAAGUCUAUGCAGUCUGUCUGGCAGUCACGUGGGAGGAACCUAACCCUUCUGUACCGGGGUGGGUCCCUGCUUGUCCUGCGGGCAUGUCCAACAUGGGGCAUCACCACUGCCAUCCAUGACUUCCUGACAGAAAAUGCUGGGCAUGACAGGAGAGGCUAGUCAUAAGCCUAGCAUUUCUCAGAUCCUGUACAGGCACUGAGAGCCUGGUGCCUCAACCUGGCUGACAUCAGCCUGUUUGCAAAGAAGCCCUGAAAUUUGCAGUCAAUAAAACCUUUUAACUUACAAACUUAACUUUCAACUGAUGAGGGAAAGGUCACACUGUCAGUACCACCAAGGAGAAGCCCAGGGAAAACUACUGCUCUAACCAGUCUGAAGGUGGCUUGUUCAGCAAUAGCCCAGCCAUGAGUGUUUUACGGGCUAUGGUCAAAUUGAGCAAACCACUCAAGCUGCUUACAGCCCAGCUUCAGCAGAUUCUCCCUGAGCUGGCUGGGGUCUAGCAGUCAGAAUAUAGGACAGAGGCAAGUGACUGCUGGUUUGUCCCCAGCUGUGCUACUGAAUCAGUGUAACCUAAAACUAAGCAUCCAACCUCUCCAUGCCUUGGUUUCCUAUUUGUAAAACAUGGGGGUAAUGGUUUUUCCCAAAUAAACUGCUUUGAGACCUGUGA